AUAAAACAUAGGUGUGAGCAGCCGGCUCCAUUACCCAACCCCCAUCCCUCAUCCCAAGGCCUACAAAGGCCUCACUGUGACUGUGGCUCUACUUUUCAGGAAACGGCCAGGACACAAAGGGGCUCCUCUGUUCCCAGCGCCUGAGAACUCGGAUUCCCGCGGCCGUGAGUGAGAGCGCGAGCUAGGGACUUGGGGCUCAGCCCCAGACUCUACGUCGACAGGCAUGGGAGAGAAAAAAGGAAGCGGGAGCCGGGCUCUUAAGACGGUCCAGAUAGCCGUGGAUUUUACGAUUCUUAGUGUCCAAUGUAAUAGAAUGAGAAUGCAGGAUCUGAAACCAGAUGGUCUGCACUGGACUUCUGGACACUCAACUCUGUGAUCUUGGGCCUCCCAGAAUGGGGCCACAUUUGGGAAGAAGACAGGAGAUAUUAAACACAAGUGAGGUGAGCUUCCCCUCCUUCCUCCCACCCCCAUUUCCUUAUUCCAUUUGUGUCUACCAUGUGUAGAAAGAGCCAAACUGUUUCCCACUCAAACUGAAAUAAUCAGUCCUGAUGCUGGGAACAUUCCAUCUGAAGGAUAGAUUUACCACAGAGACCUAAUUUUUGAAUCAAAAGUUUCAUUGGGCAGUUUUGAAUAGUUCUAAGGGAAGGGAGACUUCUGUCAAGGGUAACUUUCUCAGAGAAGGGUCAGCCUCUUGGGGAGGCUUUCAGGACCAUCUGUGUGGUCAGCCAUGUCCUCAUUCUGACGUCCAAAUCGUUCUGGGACCCUCCACUGGGUUGGGGCAGUCCCAGAUUUGGACUACUCCCCACUCCCACGCCCAACCUCACAUUCUCAGCUGUUUCACUGGAUGUUGCAUCAGGGAGGGUGAUGAAAUCAGUGUCCGUGGAUUUUACCCAUGGAUGCAACAGGCUGAAGGACGGGUCAGUGUCACUAACAUGGUACACCUUCAACUCCCCAGAACUCCUGGACUUCCUAGUUGUGGGAUAGGGGCUGGGUGCUGGAAGAUCUAAAUUUGACUCCUAGCCCUUGCUUAUGCCAGUAUCCCAAAAGAACCAAGGCCUGAACCCCACAGGUGCUAUGAAACUUUUGGCCACUAAGGCUGAGGAAUCAGACAGUUCUUAGCAACAGCUCUCUCCCUCUUCAAGAGCCCUCCUAGCCUCCACAGCGAGCCCUGAAGAAGGAGCAGUUAUACCUUAUAUGGCAUUAUCUGGCUUCCCAGUUCACAAAGUUCCCUCGAAUUGUGGACUCUCUUCCAGUGAAAAUGACUGCUCCCAAGGGAGAAAAAGAAGCCCCCUGGGUCUUAGAUAGAGGGCACUAGGUGGGAAUCACACUUCAUUCCAAACUGAGCUGGCUAUUCUACGGGGAAAUAAACAAAUGCUUCUGUUUUUGGUUUUUCCUCAGGCAGGAGGUAAGGAAAUUAGGUGCUGGGGCGGGGGGGGGGGGGGGGGAUGUAGCCUGUAGCCUUGCGAGGCAAAAAGAUGAGGGAAAGGUUAAAUAGGAAGGAACUUGAGACUAGAUUCAUUUAAAUAUUCAUUCCUCCUACCCCCACCCCCUCCACAGCCACCACGAUUCAUGGAGAGCAUUACACACAUACCCCAUCCCAGGCCUCCAGCCACAGCAACCACACGUCUCAUUUCCCUUGGAGCUGAGGCUGCAUACCUGGGCUCCCCACGGAGGGGGAUGAUGCAGGGAGGGGAAUCCCACCUGCUGUGAGUCACCUGCUGCUAUAAAGGGCGGGCCUUACAAUGCAGGGACCUUAAAAAGAGACUCAGAGACAAGGGGAGAGAAAACAGCAGGAAGCAGCUCAGAAACUCAGUGAACAACAGAAGGAACCAAAGCAGAGGUGCGCAGAACAGACAGCAUCAGGCUCAGAAGAGAGGGAAGUGGGCAGAAAUUCCACAAGGACCGGCGCAAGGCACAGAGCCAGCCAGAUUUGAGAAGCAGGCGACGGGAUGCUGGGGAGCAGGGUUCUGAUGCUGCUGUUGCCGCUGAUGCUGCCGCCACUGACCUGGCUGGCUGAGACCCGGGCCGUGCCUGAGGGCAGUCGCCCUGCCUGGGUCCGGGGCCAGCAGCUCUCACAGCAGCUCUGCACGCUGGCCUGGGGCACACAUCCUCCGAUGGGGCAUGUGGACUUACCAAGAGAAGAGGAAGAUGAUGAGACUACACAGGAGGUCCCCCGUAUCCAGUGUGGGGAUGGCUGUGAUCCCCAAGGACUCGAAGACAACAGUCAGUUCUGCCUACAAAGGAUCCACCAGGGCCUGGUUUUUUAUGAGAAGCUGCUGGGCUCAGACAUUUUCACAGGGGAGCCUUCUCCACUCCCCGACGGCCCUGUGGGCCAGCUUCACGCCUCCCUCCUGGGCCUGAGGCAACUCUUGCAGCCUGAGGUUCACCACUGGGAGACUGAGCAAACUCCAAGCCCCAGUCCCAGCCAGCCAUGGCAGCGCCUCCUUCUCCGCUUCAAGAUCCUUCGCAGCCUCCAGGCCUUUGUGGCUGUAGCUGCUCGGGUCUUUGCCCAUGGAGCAGCCACCCUGAGCCCCUAAGGCCAACGGCUUAAGGAUGGCACCCAGAUCUCCAUGGCUCAGGAGGGCUGAAAUCAAUCAGCCCAGGCACCUGGGAGCCAAUAAGUUAAUUAGUCCAUUAAUUCUAAUGAGACUUGCAUAUGUUGAAAAUUACCAAUACUAACUUAUGCUGCUGAUCUAGGACCAAGUUGAGUAUUUAUUAAAUAGGAAGGGAAAACUUGAGAUUAUUUAUCCUCAGGACAGCAGCUUGGGGAGGAUUAUUUAUUAUAUUUAUUCUGAAUUAUGUACUUUUUUCAAUAAAGACUUAUUUAUGUGGA